AGAUAAAAGUUGUGUUGGCAGAUGAGAAAGAGAGGAUUUAUUACUUUUUGAAAUGACAUAAACGAACUUCGUUGGAAAGCAUGCAUAUGCGUGCUGGUUGAGUCACAAACAGUGUUUACAGAAUGACAAACUUGAAAGGUGGCAACGGGGAACAUUUUGAGGCCGUAAAACUAGCCCUUAAACAAAGAAUAGGGUCCGGUCGUAACCUCAAUGAAAUUAUCAAACCACAACCUUCGAAGAUGCGAUGCAAUCAGACUAUAACGUUUAUAAUUCUUUGUCAAAUCUGCUUGUGGAAUUCCAAAUCUGAGAGCAGAUCUUUAGGAGGAAACAAGGAAAAGAAUGACACAAAUCCGGCAGACAAUUCCGACCUUCCUUUUAGAAAUAAGAAAACUGUGCGAAGUACUCACCCACAUUCAAACCUGACCCGUAUGAUUCUUGGCAACGUGUCUGUAGAAGAUGCUGUGGAAGUCAUGAGAGACGACAUGCCAGUGCUUAACAAUAAGUACAUUAACGAAACAGUGGCGGGAAAGAGUAUGUCAAGUCUCUUGGAAGCAGUUUUCAAAACCUACGACAAGCGUAUUAGACCCUUUUAUGAUGUUAAAACACUCGACGUCGCCAUGGACCUACUCAUUCUUUCAUUUGGAGAACUUAGUGAAACCAAUAUGGAAUUUUCCGUUGACUUAUACAUGGGACAGUUCUGGCGUGAUCCUCGUUUAGGAUUUGGUCUUAACAAAACAAUUAUUCUGAGUGGAGAUGCAACGGACAAACUCUGGGUCCCAGACACCUUUAUUGUAAAUUCAAUCGACACAAAAAUCCACCAAUUGAUAGCAGUCAACAAGAAAGCCUGGGUCCAUCUGGGAAACGGAACGAUCAUGCUGGUAUUGAGAUACACUGCUCGAAGCUCUUGUAAAGUGGACCUCAGGGAUUAUCCGUUAGAUGAACAGAUCUGUCACCUAUUUUUUGAGAGCUUUUCAUUCGAAAGCAAGGACUUGAAUUUAACUUGGAAACAACAAAUUGGAACUGACAUUUACAUUUACGACAAAGAAAUGGCCCAGUUUGACAUAUUGUCAGCCAAACGACGUGGAAAACAUCAAAUCUACCAUUCAGAGGGAUUUUCAGGUCUCACUACAACAAUAAAAUUCAGGCGUCGAACGAUGUAUUAUAUAUUCCAAAUGUACAUACCUUGUAUCUGCGUUGUGAUUUUAUCAUGGGUAAGCUUCUGGAUUGACGAGACCGAUGGUUCUGACCGCGUAGGACUGGGGAUAGCUACGGUUCUAACCAUUAGUUUCAUGAGAGGCUCUAUGAAUGAUAAUGUACCACGUGUAUCAUAUCUCAAGUCCGUGGAUUAUUUUUUGUUGGGUUCGUUCGUAUUUGUCUUCAUGACCCUGAUCGAGUACGUGCUGGUUUUGAAACAGACAAGAAAGGAGAAGAAAAGGAAAAACGAAAAAAAUAAAGAAACAUUGGCACGUGACCGGAAGCGGGAGGCAGAGCUGCUGUUUUCAGAUUCAGAGGAUGAAAAGGUUUCUGUGUCAGUAUCCGUAGGCAGCAAAACAUAUGAUUUUCAACAUGGUAAACCAAGAACGGACGGCAGCCCUGUGAACUUUAACGUCAAUAAUCACAACAAGCCUGGGCGUACUGUGAGAAUCGUAGAACCCACGCCUAAUUUGACCAAUAAACCUAAACGACAACCAAACCGGGAUCAAUUGAAAAAGCUUCAUAGGCGACCCUCUAUGAUUCAAAUGAUUAGAAAGACAAUCGAGGAUGGUGAAGAAGAGAUCUGCUAUCUGGAUAAGUAUUCUAGGAUAGUUUUUCCUCUUUCCUACACAAUCUUUUUGGGGAUUUACUUUGGCAUUUACACGGUGCGAUGGGAGAAUAUAGUUGCGUGAUAAAUUAUAACAAAGUCACCUGAAUGCGACAUUAGCAGAACAGGUUAAACUAUCUCGACUGUUAACGUGGAAUGUCUAGAAAUCGAGUUCUGAAGACUUAAAUUCGUGGCCAAAAAGAAGAACGGGUGACAGCGUCGAGGCGCGCUUUCAGCCGAACUACAUUGCCAAAUUUGGUUGAGAAAAAAUUAUACUCGUAAUUGAUAAUGGCGAGAGGUUAACAGCUUACGCGCAGAGUGUUUUAGCUUUUUAAAAGUUUACCUAAUCUACAGUCUGGUUUUGAAAAUUGUGGUGCGUAAAGAGGACUUUACGCCAGAGGGGAGGACGGGGGGUUAACAGAGUUUUGUUGAAAUUUAGGAGUAAAGCAGGAUAUUUUGUUAUUACCCGAAAUCACCAUCUCUUCUUACCAAAAAUUUACCCUGGGAAUCCCUUUAGCCACGCGCCCUUGAAUCGCGUUUUUUGUGUGUCAAAUGGGAGUUAAAUUUGAGACCAUCCAAAUGAUCUCGCUGAACGUUUUGUAUCUCUUAACUUCGAAUAUGAACAAUUAUUUUAUCAGUUAGAGGCGCUGGUCAAAAUCUGCGCUUAUUCUGGUUUUUUUCCUCUAUAACGCUGUUUGCGUCCUUGUAUCGUUAUUAUUUGUAUUUUUAUUUGUUGCGAUAUAUGCUAGUUUAGAGAUCUCGAUCAAUAUUUUUUUACACAGUCAAACAACGUUUGCAUACGUUAACAUGACUGUUAUCACCAAUCAGUCCUCUGAGUGCAAAGAGCCGGAGUGUUAUAUUCUUUCUCGAAUUAUGAAGAGCUAACAGAUAGGGAAAUAAAUUUGAUAUUUUAGAGCUACUUAUAUCCCCGAGUAAAAAAUUAAGAGGUAAAGAAAUAAAUUUGAAUUAAACCAGUACAAAUAAACGCCUUCAGUGACUCUGAAGCCCCAAUGCUUGACGAUUAGGGAGCAAUCCGUCGGAGAUGCGCGUCUCGAUGUUUAAAGAAACUUUUACAGAAUUUGAGUUGGCUAUCGUUCUAAUGUGGCCAGCUUAUACAGAUAUUUUGAUUCCAUGUCAGCGAAUAGAUUUGUAAGCAGUUCAUCCAGGAUUUUUGGCUGUGAAUUCAGUGGAUUUCAAACAACCUUUCCCUGGUAAAGAAACGUGUGUCUAUAACAAGUAAAGCCAGCUUCACUACACUCCUGUCCACAACUCUUAAUGAAAUAACUUAAACUCAUAUUUAGUGA